AUGAAGGCAGCGGCAGAUAUGGACUUUAGAGCUCUCCCCAAAAUCGAGCUCCAUGCCCAUUUAACAGGCAGUGUAAGCCGCCGAACUCUCCACGAGAUUUGGGUCCUUAAGAAGCAAGCUGGCGAGACGGACCUCGAAGAUCCCCUCGUAGUGAUGCCAGAAAACAAGCAUGACUACGAUCUUACAACCUUCUUCCCCCUCUUCUCAUCCUACAUCUACAAUCUCAUAACCACCACAGAAACCCUUCACAAGGCAACGCUCUCGGUCUUAGAAGACUUCCACGCAGACGGCGUGGCAUAUCUAGAACUUCGCACAACCCCACGAUCCCUUCCUAACCCUACCCCGCAGGCGCCCUCAGUAUAUGUCUCCACCAUUCUCUCCGCUAUCGCCUCCUUCGAGGCCGCGCACCCUGGCCCAGAGACCAUGCGCACGCGGCUGAUUCUCUCAGUAGACAGGCGACAUACUCCUCAACAGGCAGCUGAGACUGUUCGCCUGGCGGCCACUUUCCGGGACAGAGGUGUCGUAGGUGUGGACCUCUGUGGCGACCCAUCUGCGCGCUGCCACGGCGUGCUCGGCCAGGACGACAUCUCCAUCUUCCGUGGAGUGUUUUCGGAGGCUAGGGAGCUGGGACUGGGGAUUACUAUCCACUUUGGAGAAGCGGAGUGUUCCGGUCACCCCGGCGAGCUCGCCGAGAUUCUGUCGUGGCAGCCGGGGCGGCUGGGUCACGUCAUCCAUCUCGGCGAGAACGUGAAGCGAGAGAUCACGGCACGGAAGAUUGGGCUUGAGCUGUGUCUAAGUUGCAAUGUCCAUGCGGGAAUGGUUACUGGCGGGUUCGAGGGACAUCAUUUCGGGGAAUGGUGGGGUGUGGAGGGGAGUGUAAUUUCUCUUGGUACAGAUGACGUUGGCGUCUUCGGAAGCCCUCUGUCAAACGAAUACAGGUUGGUGGCGGAGCACUUCAACCUCUCUCAGGACGACGUUUGUGUUCUCGCUCGUCGAGGUAUCGAUUCCAUCUUUGGUGGAGAGGCUGAGAAGGAGCGUCUCCGGCAGCUGAUGUGGAAAUCUUCACCAAAUGGAACAUUAUAA